GCCUGAUCAGUGAUUCUUUCACAGUACUAUGAUUUUUGCAGGAAACUAAACUGGCCAUAUUCAUGCCUGGAACAAAAGAUUCAGAGGGUAUUUCAGGGAAUAUCAUAAACUUCUGUAGGACAUCCAUUACUGAACACUCCAAGGAGCUGCAACCCCUCAUAACUAACACUGUUUCACAGACAGCAGCAAUGAAUAACUCACAGUUACAGCAGAAUGAGCAGCAGCAUGCACAGGGCGAGUCGUCUAAUGCUCAGAAGAUCAAAGUCAAACUCGCACGUUUUGUGUCUUACUUCUCCGGAGACAUGGCUCCUGUUGGCAAAUGGAUGACGGAACAGUUCAUCUUGCUUCAGAUUUUUGAUUGGGUGUUGAGAGGUGCAGCACAGGUCAUGUUUGUAAAUAACCCCCUGAGUGGACUGAUCAUCUUUGCUGGACUGAUCCUCCAGAACAGAUGGUGGGCUCUCAAUGGCUUUGUGGGCACCUUGUUUGCCACACUCUCAGCCCUCAUUCUCAAACAAAAUAGAGGAGCAAUCGCAGCAGGCCUGUAUGGAUACAAUGGAAUCCUAGUUGGUCUUCUAAUGGCAGUCUUCUCCAAUGCAGGUGACUGGUACUGGUGGCUUCUGUUGCCCAACAUCUUUAUGUCAAUGGCAUGCCCGAUUGUGUCCAGUGCCCUGGCCUCCAUCAACAGUCGGUGGGAUCUGCCAGUCUUUACCCUGCCUUUUAACAUUCUAGUUUGUCUUCAUAUGGUAGCUACAGGGCACUACAACCUCCAUUUCCCCCAGGUCCUCAUCCAGCCAAGAACCUCCUUCCCCAACAUCACAUGGUCUGAGCUGGAUUAUGCUUUGCUCUUCCGCUCCAUUCCUGUGGGCAUUGGGCAGGUCUAUGGUUGUGACAAUCCAUGGACAGGAGGCAUAUUCAUCCUGGCCCUGUUUAUUUCUUCACCUAUAACUUGUGUACAUGCUGUUAUUGGCUCAACUAUUGGGAUGGUGUCAGGUCUCGCUCUUGCAGCACCAUUUCAGAACAUCUACUUUGGACUGUGGGGAUACAACUGUGUCUUGGCUUGCAUUGCAAUUGGUGGAAUGUUCUAUGCUCUCACAUGGCAGGUUCAUCUCUUGUCUAUAGCAUGUGGAUUUUUCUGUGCUUAUCUUGGAUCUGCAAUUGGCAACGUGAUGGCUACUUUCGGGCUUCCAGCAUGCACUUGGCCCUUCUGCCUGUCUGCCCUCACUUUCCUCUUGAUCACUACAGAGACAAAGACAAUUUACAAACUGCCACUUGCUAAAGUGAACUACCCUGAGAAAAACCUUAUGAUCUACAUGAAGAUGAAGAAGGAGGAGAAGGCUGAAAAAGUCAAAACAGUGAAAGAGGAGGUAAUAGUGAUUAAUGAUCUGCAAAUUUCCAAUGAUGUGGAAGUUCAGACGACGGUGGAGAGUCAAGAUAUGGAGUUGCAGGAAGUCUGAACUGAGACAAACAGCAGACAGGACAGUAUUCAGCAGAAAGCCCAUUACUCACCCAUCUGGAUGUUACUUCUACACUCUUUUAUUUUGCUUCCUACCAUCCUCACAAUUGUAAAUAUGUAUAAAAUAAAUGCACAUAAAAGAUUGCCA